CUAUCCUCUUGAGCGGCCAGAGCGAAAUACGUGUUGUAGGCCAGACGAGCGGUCUUCUCAUCAAGCAAUUGUCGGUAAUCUCUAUUCACAACUUUACAAAUACAUUCAGUUUUAUUCGCUUCGCCACGGGGUUGGUAGCUUAACAAGCAAUCAGCGCGGGCUCGUCCGCGUGCACGCACGGAGAGGAUGGGGCCCGAACGACCCAGUUGACUGGUAUCCUAGCUCAAUUGCACUACGUGCAGUGGAUCCACGAAAGGCGGGAGCCGCAAGCUAGCAGAGCAUGACCUCGUUCAGUUCCGCUGCGCUCGCGAAUGUGGGCCUCGGCACCAGCAAGCCCACGUCUUUUGCCCGUCAGAGCACAGCGAUUACGCCAGUCCCCGGGGAUCUGCCAGCGCCUCCGUCCGUGCGCAGCGCCGGCUCACUUCCUCUUUGGCACCUGAGCCCCAGUCAAGGCCCCGCGCACCUACGCCCCAGUGCUGCCGCUUCCCGCCGUGGCAGCGUCGCCGCUGCCGCCCAUCGACUGGUGGGGACACUUGCAGCGGCUGCUGCUACCCUGGCGGGGCCGCCGCAGACGCGUUGCGCCGCGCCAGCACCAACCGCGCCGCAGCGUAGGCUGCUCGGCUCGCACGGCGAGCAACUCCACCACCAGACCUCCCAGCGCCAGCACCAACAUCAGCGGCAGGUGCGAGGGGGCCAGGACCAGCAGGAGCAGGAGGCUCAGGAGGAGCAGGAGGAGCAGGAGGAGCAGGAGGAGGUUUGUGCGGGCAGGCACCAGCCGGACGGGCUUAACGGGCCGUGCCGCCCACAGCUUGACGCCGCGCCGCGCAGCGCGGCGGGCUCCAGAUCCGCUGGCGGCCGCGGCGGCGCAGCUGCGUCCAUUCGCCCGAACCCGGAUCUCGAUUCCAGAAGCACGGUCUGGCGGAGCGGAGGGAGUCCGCGCCUGGAUCCGAAUCCGGAUCCGGACGCGGACGUGCCUCCGGCUGUCGCCCCGGACAAUGGCAGCGGCAGUGCGCAGCCGGUGCCUCUUGACCCGCACCACGGGCAGCAGCAUCACGAGCACCACCACCACCACGCGCACGUGCACGUGCACGUGCAUCCGCCGCCACGCCAGGCGCUGCUCCGCAGGGGCGGAAGCUACACCGGUGCCGUGGCGCCCGCCGCUGCCGCGGCGGCCGCUGCCGCGCUGCCGCUGCCGCUGUAUGGCGAGCACAGUGAGCGCCAGCGGCAGCAGCAGGAGCACAUGCAGCAGCCCCACCACAUGCAGCAGCAGCACACGAAGCAUCCGGCGCACUCGCAGCACACGCUGCAGCACACGCAGGGCCCGCACCUGCAUGCCCAACCCGCGCCGCGCAGUCUGUCGUUGCUCACAGCCCCGGCGGGCGGGCAGCGGGGCGGCUACCGCCACUCACUGGGGAGCAUGGGCCUCGACUGCGGCGGCAGCGGCAGUGGCAGCACGAGUGCAAGCAGCACCAGCAGCCGAGGCAGUCUGGCGUUGUGGAGCGGGGCUGGUUUCACCUCCCGCGCACGCGUUGCCGCUGCGGCUGGCGCUAGUGGAGGUGGAGCCGCCGGCAGUGGUGGUGUUGGCGGUGGCGGUGGCGGCGGCGGUGGCGGCGGCGGUGGCGGCGGCGGUAGCGGUUUCGGUGGCGGUGGCGCAAGCGGCCAGUGCUCUGGUCUGGGGCCUCGGGAAGGCGCGGUUGGCGGCUUGCGGCGGUUCGUCGGCCCGGAGCCGCACGCGGUCGGCGGCAGCCGUAGCAGCAGCACAAGCAGGAGCAUCGCAAGCAGCACGGGCGGCACAGCACGCAGUAGCAGCAGCAACGGCAGCAGUAGCAGCAGCGAUCGCAGCAAUAGCGGCAGCAGUAGAAGCAGCGGUAGCAGUAGCAGCACCUCAGCCCGCGGCGCCAGCACGCCUGGGCCGUUCCAGGCAGCUCCAACAUCUCCCUCGACGACACCGCGGCCCCCGGUCACCCGCACGUCGUCCUCGUCGUCGUCGCCGCUGUACGGAUCACACCUUCUGGCGGCGUUACGGCAGGCAGGUACGGUCAGUGAGGUGGCCCAGCUAAUGGCGCCGUACUGUCACGGCGGCGGUGGCGGGCCCGUAAGUGGCGUCGGCGGCGCAAACGCGGCAGCGGGUGCGACGGGUGGCAGCGCGGUGGCGCUUGGCGGCGGCCGGUGCGGCGCGGCGCACGUGGCGGCGGCGCUGUGGGCGCUGGCGGAGGCCGCAGAGCGCGCGGUCCAGGCGGCAGUAGCAGUGCCGGACGUGGCGGCUUCCGGAUGGGCGGAGUCGGCGGCUGUGGCAGAGCGGCUGCUGGAGAUGGCGGCGGCGCUGUUUGAGGAGGACGGCAGUAGCAGCGGCGGUAGCAGCGGCAGCAGAAGCCGCAGUAGCAGCGGGCGUGCUGAUGCGGCCUCACAAGGCAGCGCGUCAGGGGGCCUUCCCGGCCUCGCCGGCACCAGUGCUGGACUCGACCUGGCGCUGGCCGUAGCACUCGUGCCUCACCGCCUGACGCUGCUACAGCCAUCGCCACCGCCACAGCCUCGGCCUCAGCCGCCGCGCUCGUUGUCGCCGCCGUCGCUGCUACAGCCGCGCUGGCUUUUGCCAGCACUGGCGGCGCUGGGGCCGCGGCUGCACCGGCUGCCGCCCGCCCGCCUGGUGGAGCUGUUGGAGUGCCUGGCGGCGCCCGCCAUGUGGCCGUACGCGCCCGCUAGCGGUACACUGGGCCGCGUACUGCUGCUGCGUGCCGUACAGUCGUUGGUACGGGGCGGGCUGCAGCAGCUGGCGCCGCCGGCGGCGGCGCGCGCUCUGGGCGCGCUGGCGGCGCUUGCGCCGGCGGGGCCGGGCCGGUACUUUUGUGUCCAUGCGGCGCGCAAGGGCCCGGCGGCGGCGGAGUGGGCGGCUGGCACGCCGGGGCAGUUGCUGGCGCUGGCGAGGUCGGAGGCUACCGCUGUUGCUGUGGCUGCUGGCGGCGCUGCUGUGGAAGUGGCGGCGGAAGUGUCCGUGGGAGGCGUCGCAAGGCAACCGCUGUCGGUUGAUGCCGCAGCACGUCAGUUGGACUUGGCGUUUGCGACGUCGUUCAUGUCGUAUAUUCGCGCCGCGCUGGCGGCGCCACAGGGCAACAAGCGCGGCAGCAGCGACGGUGGCGGCCGUGAAGGGGAAGCCCCCGGCAGCGGCAACGGCGACAGCAGCAGUAGCAGCAGCAGCGGCGGCGGCAGUAGCAGCGGCACCGAUGGGGCCUGUGGCGUGGGUGGCGGUGGCAUCGUUGCCGCAGACGCAGUGGCGUUCCUGCACGCCAUCGCCAAGUUCCGAAACAUCGGCCGCGCGCAGCAGCAUGCCGGCGCUAGCAGCAGUGGCAGCAGCACUGGUCGCGGCAGUAGCGGCAGCAGCAGCAGCAGCAGUACUAGCUCCGGGUGGUUGUUUGACUGGCCGGGAGCGGAGGCGCUGCGGGGCCACCAGCUUACAGAGGAGGAGAUGGGCGACACCAGAGGCGCCAGCGGCAGUAGCAGCAGCAGCAGCAGUGACAGCAGCCGCAAUGGCUGUAGCAGCCAUGUGUACCAUAUCGACAGCAGCAUCAGCAUCAGCAGCGGUGCGGAGGAAGCAGCAGCCACGUCUGCGGCUGCCUGCAACGAGGAUAGCAGUAGCAACAGCAGUAACAGUAGCAGGACAAGUUGGAGCUGUAGCAACGACGUGACCACCAGCAGCAGUAGCAGCAGUGAUAGCCACAGGACAUCAGGCCAGUCGCGCCGCGCACAGGAGUUAUCACUACCAGCGCAGGCGGAGGCGACGGCAAGGCAGCUGCGCAGGCGGCCGCGGCCAGGCGAUGUAAGCCCGCUAGCGCGCCCGUCGCCGCCGCCGCCUCCACAGGCUCAAACGCCCUCUUCGUCACCAUCUCGUGCUCGCGGGACCAGGAGCAGCAGCAACGGCAGGAGCAGCAGGGCAAGCAGCAGGGACAGGCGGGUGGCGGCAGCUCGCAACAGCACAGCGCAGGCAGCCGCACAGGACGCAGCAGCGCCGGCAGCGGUGGGGGCAGUAGCCGACCCAGAUGCCGCAACGCUGCUACAGCUCAUAGCACGACUACCUCCAACCCCUCCGCGGCCAACGUCGCAGGGGCCGGCGCCGUUGCAAGCGGCGUCGACAGCAGUGGCUGUAGCAGCGGCGGUAGCACCGGCAGUAGCAGGGCUUUGCGACAGUGACCUGCUACAGCUGACCCGGGCCUUCUGGGCUAUGGCCCGCCUGGGCGUGAGGCCGCCGGCGGGCUGGAUGCAGCGGUUCCUCGCCGCCAGCGCUGGCAGCAGCGGCAGCAGCAGCGCCCCCGGCAGUAGCAGCCUCAAUGGCAGCGGCAGUAGCAGCCUCAAUGGCUGCGGCAGUAGCAGCCUCAAUGGCGGCGGCAGUAGCAGCCUCAAUGGCGGCGGCAGUAGCAGCUCUGGGCACUUGGCUCGGCUGCCGCCGCCGCUGCUUGCGCGGCUGUGCUGGGCGGUGGCGGAGGUGCGGUGGGCGCCGGGCGGCGUGUGGCUGGGCGCGGCGGCGGCGGCCGUGUCGGCAGCUGCAGAGCAGCUGCAGCCGGAUGAGGUGUGUAUGGUGCUGGUGGCGCUGGGGCGUUGGGGCGUGCGGCCGCGGCCGGAGUGGCUGUGGCCCUUCAUGCAGCGGGCGGUGCAGCCCCGCCUGGCCACGUUCCACGCCAACAGCUGCUCCACCCUCCUGGUGGCCCUGGCGCGGCUGCUACAGCCCGUGCCGCCUCAGCUGCUACAGCCGGCUUCCGGCUCCGACGCCGCCUCCGUCCACCCUUGCGCCGAGCCGCACCCGUGGCCGCUGCCUCACGCGCCAGCCGCUGCGACCGUGUCCUCGUCCUCACGACAACGCGCGAACGCUGUAGCUGGGACAGCGGCAGCGCCGUUGGGCCCAGCGGUGUCAACUCAAUCCACACCGGCAGCCCGGCAGCAGCGGCUGCAGCGGCGGAUCGAGCAGCAUGGGCGGCGGCGGGAGGUAGCGGCAGCCGCUGCCGCGGCUGUGGCGGAGCAGGAGGCGGCGCGACGGCGCGGGGUGCGGCGGCGCGCCGCGGCGGCGCUGCUACUGCCGCGCGGGCUGGCGGCGGCGCUGGUGUCGCAGGCUGUAGCACCACAGCUUCGGUACAUGUCUGGGCGGGAGCUGGUGCACGCGCUGGGAGCUCUGGGGCGGCUCGGGCUGACGGCGGACCGUAUCCCUCGGCUGAUGCUGGUGGCGGGCUCCGCAGCGUCUUCAGAGUCGUCCUCCUCUCCUGCUUCCCUCGCCUCCCCAGCCGCCUCACUCUCCCUCGCCUCCCCAGCGUCGGCAGGGGCGGCGGCGAGCAGCGCAGAGCGUGGGGCAGCAUCGAUGGAGGCGACGGCCGGCGUUCUGGACUGGCGACAGCAGCUGCUAGCGGCGUCGCUUGCAUUCCUGGAGCCGUCCGCCGGCGCCGGCGCCGGCAUCGUCGCCGGCGGCCACAUGGCCGCUGCGUCAUCGUCGGUGGUGACCUCUGCCACGCCAGGCGGCUCGGCCGGCGGCCCGGCCGGCAGCGAGGGCGGGGCGUCGCCACGCGCGGCGGUAGCGCGGCCGCCGCUGACACCGAUGCAGCUGGCGCUGCUGCUGCUGUACACGGCACGGGCCCGGUUGGCGCCGGGGCCGGGCUGGCGCGCCGCCUACUGGGCCGCCACCGCCGGCGGGCCCCCAGCCGCUGCAGCUGCAGCUGCUGCCCUGCCGGCCUGGCGCAGCGGCAACGGCUACAGCCACAGCCGCCCCGGCAGCUACAGCCACAGCAAGCGCGGCAGCAAUGGCUACAGCCGCGAUCAGGCCGGCAGCUACAGCCACAGCCACAGCCACGGUCCAGGGGGCCAGCGCGCCGCGCUUUCUCUCAUGACGCCGCUAGCUCUGGCGGCGCUGGUGGAGGGGCUGCGGUCGCUGCGGGUGGUGCCGCCGGCGUGGUGGGCCGCCGCCUUCUUCGCCGCCACUGAGGCGUCGCUGCCAGCGCUGCCGCCCUCCUGCGUCUACCAGCUAGCGCGCCUGCUGCUCUACUCGCCGCUGCGCCCGCGCGGCGCCUGGGUGCGCGCCUUCCGCGCCCGCCUGGACCUGGUGGCGGCGGCGCUGACAGGGCACCAGCUGCGGACCUGCCAGCGCAUGGUCCGCGCCGUCAGCCGCCGCCGGCGCUACGCGCUCGCGCCGGGCUGGCUGCCAAACGCGGCCGCCGCGGCAGCGGCGGCGCGGCGGCGGCGGAUCGGGCGGCGGCGCGCGGCGCGACGCGCGGCGGUGCGCGCGAUGGGCGCGCAGCCGGACAUGGAUGCGGGCACGGGGGUGGCAGGGGUAUGAUAGUGAGGGGCGGGGGGCGGGGAGAACAGGUUUAGAAACUGCGGAACUUGCGUUCGAGGUCUGAGCCUUAGGGUGCGACGACGUCGCGGAUGGCCGGGUGCGAAUGCCCUGGCAAAGUAAUAGGCAGUCAGUUUUGUUAACGAUUGUUUGCGCAGCAGGAUGCGGGGUCAUGGUGUGCGCGUGCAACGUGUUGUGUGUCAAACUGAUUUGAUUGUUCGUCAUUCGUGUGCAGAGAGUGAUGAAGUCGCAGGAGAGGUGCGGUGUGGAGGGAAGUCCCAAGCAUGAUGGUUCUCGGCCUCAGAGGCCAGAGGGUUCAACGUGUGGGUGCGUUCGUUGGAGCCUGGCAAGUUGCAGGCAGCGACGCAGCGUACUUGAAGGUUUCUUUGGAGUCAAGAUGGUUCAGCGAGGUUCAGUCCGUCAGCAGGAAGCCUGUUGCAGCGAGGAUGUAAGCGUGGGGGACCACCCUUCACACCUCGUACUU